AUGGAGUUUCUUGAUGUUCUUGCUUUGAGUGUGUUAUGCAGUGUUUUAUGCUGGGUAUUUGUGUGGAAGAGACGCAGUAGCAGAAGCUUGGGUCCCACAAAUUGGCCUGUGAUCGGAAUGUUGCCGGCGGUCCUCAAGAAUGCUCACCGGAUCCACGACUUUGUGACGGAGCUUGUCAAACUCGGAGAUGGCACAUUUGAGUUCAAAGGGCCUUCUCAUGUCUUUGCUAACCUGGACAUGCUCUUGACCGCUGACCCUGCUAACAUCAAUCACAUUCUCUGCAAAAACUUCACAAACUACCCAAAGGGUCCCCGUUUCCGCAAAAUCUUUGCACCUCUCGGAGAUGGGAUUAUCAACACCGAUUCUGAGCUCUGGGAGCUUCACAGGAAGACCACCCUGCCCCUCAUGAAUCACCCGAACUUCCGCGCUUUGUUAGAGAGGAACGUCGCGGAAAAGAUAGAGAAUGGGUUGUUUCCCGUUCUUGAUCAUUGCGCUGAACAAGGAUUCCAUGCUGAUUUGCAACAAAUUUUCGAAAGGUCCACUUUUGACAUAAGCUGUCUGCAGUUUUUGGAAGUGGAUCCGGGCACCCUCUCCCUUGAUUCGCCUGGAGACCAUCCAUUUUGUAAGGCGAUCAGGGAUGGGGUGAACGCUAUUCUCUACAGACAUUUACUCCCAGAAAGGUGUUGGAAGCUACAGAAAUGGUUUGCUGGGAUUGAUAGAGAAAAGAAGCUUAGUGAAGCUGAAGAGGCUGUUGAUCAGUUCAUAUACCCCAUCCUUUUGGAACGAGAUCAACUCAACAAAAAUCAACAACAACUGCCUAGUAAUUUCAGCAUGCUGACUUCUCACAUUGAAGCGCACCGGGGAAAGUCGAUGAAAUUUCUCAGAGACACCUUUGUGACUUUGAUUCUUACAGGAGGAGAUACCACAGGUUCAGCACUCACUUGGUUCUUUUGGCUCCUUGCCAAGAACCCACUGGUUGAAUCAAAGAUCCUUGAAGAGAUCCUUCAACUAAAAGAACACAAUAAUAAGGUAGUGGUUUUUAAGGUUGAAGAAUGCAUCAAGUUAAUCUACCUCCAUGCUGCGUGUUGUGAAUCUCUCAGGCUAUUUCCUUCCUUGCCCAUCAAUCACAAAACACCAAUGGAGACCGAUAUUCUCCCCAGUGGCCACGUUGUCACUCCAAACACAAAAAUAUUACUGUCAUUUUAUUCAAUGGGGAGGAUGGAUGCAAUAUGGGGUGAAGAUUGCAUGGAAUUCAAGCCUGAGAGAUGGAUUUCACCUGAUGGAGGAGGAAUCAAGCACAAUCCAUCUUACAAGUUUCCAGCUUUCAAUGCUGGACCCAGAAGUUGCAUCGGCAGGGAUAUGGGUUUCACUAUAAUGAAAAUGGUUGCGGCUAGUACAAUAUGUCGCUUUGAGUGUCAGCUCAUAGAACCUCAUUCUCCACUUCUACUUACAGAUUCAAUUCUUCUUGAAUUGAAACAUGGUUUGAAGGUCAAACUCAUCAAGCGUAAGUGA